GAAAGAUCAGAUUUUGAAAAUAUGGGAAACGUUGGACAUUUGGCAGUCGUUUUGCAGGCAGUUUGUUUGUGGCUCGCUGCAGCAAAGCUGAAAGCGUCUGAUUACAGGCCUGGUUCUGAGGACUAUAAUGUCGCUGCAGACAACAAUCAAUUGCAGCAGGAGGAGAAGGUGAUGACUAUGGCGAUGGCGAUGACUCUGGCGAAGACGAAUCCGAGCCCGAGACCCGCAGUGCAAGUAAAAGUGACAAAUGAAGUGGAAAGUGCCCUCAGAAUGGGAACAAUGAUGAUGCGGAUGAGAAAUCGGGGCGGUGAGCGGUGGCAGACGAACUACUUUGACACACAAAUGCCACUGCUGUCGUCUGGCCUAAUGAGUCCCGGCCAGCUGCCAAUAUUGGAUGAGCAGCAUGGGCGGCAGGAGCAGUUGGAGAGGCAUUACUUGGCCCACGGGCCCAGUUCGGUUGAACAGCAAUUACUCCGCCUGCAGCCGGACUACAAAUUGCUGUACAGCGCCGAGCACCACACCUACUUCCACCUGCACACCCUGGUCCAGAAGGACAAUGCCAACCGCCAGACAGGACCAUCGAAAUCCGAGAAGGCAUCGCCACAUCGCCGGCUAUUCCAGCAGGUGGUGGGCAACACGCUAACCGCCGCCUUCGGCCUGAACGUGAUGAACAAGGGGGACCAGGAACAGGACCAGCAGUUCACCAGCGAACCGGUUAAUCUCUACGAUGCCGCCUCGUUGCGACGGUCUCGCUUCAGUCCUUUCAAUCCCACCAGAAUCCUCAUUCACGGCUGGUUGGGCAAUGAAAAUGCCAACAUGUACAACGAGCUAUUGCCAGCUUACUUUGAUCUGAGAAAUGGCAACUACAACAUCUUCACCGUGGACUGGGGACGUGGAGCCAUAGCGGACUAUAUAACGGCCAGCUAUAGGGUCAAGCCGGUGGGUCAGGUUUUGGCCAAAUUCGUGGACUUCCUGCAUCAGGAGGCGGGAAUGCGUUUCGAGGAUCUCCAGCUCGUCGGAUUCAGCAUGGGCGCACAUGUGGCGGGACUGGCAGGCAAAUAUUUGCAGACCGGUCGCCUUCGGAUGAUCCGAGCUUUGGAUCCGGCUCUACCCUUCUUCCGGUAUGCCAAGCCAAAGGAGCGCCUGACCGCCGAGGAUGCCGACUAUGUGGAGGUGCUGCACACCAGUGUGGGCAGCUAUGGAUUUGAUCGACCCGUGGGUCAUGCGGAUUUCUAUGCCAACUGGGGCAGCCAGCAACCAGGUUGCUUUUGGCAUGAAUGCAGCCAUUGGAGGGCAUUUAUGCUGUUCGCCGAGAGUCUGGCAAGGGAUCAGGCAACGGGCUUCUUAUCCCAGGGCUGUCCAGCUGCUGAAUGGCAGCAGUUGACCCGAUUCCAUCGCUGCCCAAAGGACACCGGAGUUAUGCAGACCAUGGGCGGGGAUUUGGCCAACGUGUCGGCGGAGUUCUUGGCCCAAAGACAGGGUGUCUAUUAUUUCGAAACAAACGACCAGCCACCCUAUGUUUUAGCACAAAACGCCAGCUCGAAAAGGGCGGCACACAUACAAAUAAAUAGCGAAAUGGCUGAGAGAACGUAAUGAGCAAAAUGCAAGUGCAGUUCGCGUUUUUAUUUAUAAUUAGUAAGUGCAUGUGUACUAUACACACUCACGUGUGUGUAUUUGUGCUGUCCCAUUUCUAAAAGCCGGCUGGCAAAAUUAAAAAAUGCUGCCAUGUGUAAAAUGCUUUUCAUGCCAGUCGCAGGCAGUAAAAAUAGCAAAAAAAAAGGGAGUAAAAUUUAUGAAAACAUCCAUGCAGGAAAUAGAAGGAAGAACACAAAACCGAGUGUAGUUCAGUCUGGAAAAUCAACUAGAAAUAUGUGCGCACAAAAAAAAAAAUACGAACCGAAAAAUCUUGUCUGCCAGACAGCUUGGAAAAUUAAAAAUUGCAUUCCCUAAAACGUGUUUUGUAACUACCGCAUAUAAUAAAAUUUAACGAAAA